ACAAUCUGGUUGAACCAAUCAGAGACGUUCUUCCAUUAGCCUGCUCCAGGAAUUUUUUUAUGCUUAUGCUUAUGCUCGCGAGAAACACGCACACAAACACACACGCACACGCGCGUGCGCACACACACACACACACGUCUUCAUCAACAUCAUCAUCAUCACCAAAGCUGACCCCCUCAGCGGAGAAAGUCAUGACGUUGCUUCAGAGAUCGCGCGCGCUUAUAGGAAGCAUCAAUUAGGCGUCAUAGUGUACUUAAGAAGCAGCGCGCGCUGCACUGCACACAUCACGCGCGUCUUUGUGCAAGAAAAAGACACGCUGGACGUUUUUUUUUUUUCUCUCUGUCUCUCUCUGACCGAAUGCGUUCAAUAGGCAACAGGGAAAUAGAUAGAUUUCCCUUUUUGGAAGAAUUUUGUUUUCGCCUUUUGUUUAUUUAUUAUUAUUUUUUUUUUUUGCAUUGUCAGAUCUCUGAUAUGACGCGCGAGAGGUGACUACGUGUCGGUUCAGCGAGCUCUCCGCGCGGGUAUAACGUGUGGCACGGAUUGGAUGCUGGGUAUCAUUUGACGCGCUCUUUACGCGGAUUAUAUUUGCAUGCUAAGUUUUUUUGUGUGUGCGUGCGUGCGUGCGUGUGUGUGUGUGUGUGUCAGUUUUCCAUACCUAGGAUGGAGUGAGAGGAGACAGCACGCGAGGUAGGAAGAGCAAAUCAGAUCAAGCUCGAUCAACUGGGAUCAAGCGCACGCGGCAUUUCAAUUUUAUUUUUAUUUUUUUGCAUUCAUUUUGAACCAAAUUUAAAAAAAAAAUAAUAAUAAUUUUUUUUUUAAAGCCCAGUGAUGGAGAGUGUGAGUCAGAGAGAGCGGGAGGACUGUAAUGUCUUUGAUGGUUGUUGAUUCCGAUGCCAGUUACCUGUUGGAUAUACCCGCAUGUCUAGGAUGGCUCGCUUCGGAGAUGAUGCGUCAGGGCGCUAUGGAGCUGCGCCGGGCGCGGGGAGAGGAGGCGCGCGGCCGGGAGGCGCUCCGAGGCUCUACAAGCAGUCGAUGGCUCAGAGAGCCCGGACCAUGGCUUUGUAUAACCCUAAGCAGACUAAGCAGAACUGUUUCACCGUCAACCGCUCGCUGUUCAUCUUCAGCGAGGACAACGUGAUCCGGAAAUACGCCAAGAGGAUCACCGAGUGGCCAUAUCCUCUCCCAUCAAGCCUGGCUCUGGAAAGUUGAUUAGAUAACCGUCUAAUUGCACUCUCAGAAAUAAUUGUACUUUUCCCUGUAGCUCUGCUGGUACCAUGUUUUUUUUGUUUGUUUGUUUGUUUUUUACUGGUAGUAGGCUACUUAGGAAGGUGUACAGUAUGUAGUGUA